ACGCGUUUUGCUUGAAAUCGUCAAGUCAUUUUUAUAAAAACAAUAUUUAGUUUCAUCGAUAACUACAACUUAAAUACAAGAAUUAAAAUGUCACAAGCCAAUGUUGUAAGCUAUUUAAGUGAACAGAAACAAACCAGUGAUAAAGAGCUGGCAAAAGAAUGGGAAAUUAUGGAAGAGUUUUAUAAUGAGAAACUCUGGAAUGAGCUCACUAUAAAGUUGAGUUCCUUUGUGAAGAAUCCGAAGAUCCAGAAUGAGAAAGCUUUGAUGCAGCUCUAUUCAAAUUUCAUCAGUACUUUUGAGACAAAAAUAAAUCCUUUCGGUCUCGUCGAGAUUCUCUCUGUAAUAAUUGCACAUAUGAAGGAUAAGAAAGAAGCUAUAGCGUUUAUCGAAAAGCUUAAGGAUAAAGUUAAAAUAUGUGAUGAAGCAGUUUGGAUGUGUAAAGUAUUGCAGGGUCAAAUUUAUCUCGAAUUUCUUGAUGACAAAGAAGCCACUAAGAAGAUCAUCGAGGAUUUGAAAGAUAUUUUAGAGGAAGCUGGCAACGUCACACCAGUCCAUGGGAAAUAUUAUUUGCUUGCAUCUGCUUAUUAUCGUUUGAUUGGACAACAUGCAGACUACUAUCGAUGUUCACUUCAAUUCCUUGGCUGUUCCAUUGAAUCUUUUCCUAAAAGUGAAUGGCCAGAUCAAGCAUUCUUCCUUGGACUUGCUGCAUUACUGGGAGAAGGCGUUUAUAACAUUGGGGAACUUCUUGCUCAUCCAAUUAUUGAUUCACUUCGUGGCACAGAGAACGAAUGGCUUAUUGAAUUACUUCAUGCAUUCAAUUCUGGCGAUAUUGCGAAAUUCGAAGAAAUGAAACCGAUUUGGAGCUCAAUCAAUGAUCUGAAAGUGCAAGAAGUAAAAUUACGUCAGAAAAUCUCCUUGUUGUGUCUCAUGGAGAUGACAUUUAAACGUGCUGCCAACAACCGAACCAUCACUUUCACAGAAAUUGCUAAUGAAACUCGUUUGCCUCUUAAAGAAGUUGAGCUUCUCAUCAUGAAAGCAUUGGCUCAAGGCUUAGUUCGUGGAGCAAUUGACCAAGUUGCAGGAGUUGUGAACAUGACUUGGGUUCAACCUCGCGUUCUUAAUCGCGAUCAAGUGUCGAACAUGGCUAAAACACUCGACACAUGGAUUCAAUCGAUCACAAGCAUGGAACAGUUAAUUGAGACUCGAGCUGCUGAAAUAUUAACGAACUAAGUGAAUUGUCAAUCUUAUCAUUGUUUGAAAUAAAAUAAACUUCUUUUCAUUAAUAAACUUAAUAAACA